AAAAAUCAAGGGGAGGAGUUAAAUUUGCUAUUUCCACCUGAAUUCCAGGUUGGGCAGUGAAUGGGGGAAGAAUUUGUGGGCUGCCUAUCGGGAUUUGCAAGCACAUCCGGAAGGAUACUAGGGGAUCUAUGGGCCUUUGUGCGAAUUCUUGGUGGCUGUGGGACAAUACUUGUGCUUGCCACCAGCACCAGCUUGAUACUACACUUAUGGGACUCGCCACAUCACCAAGUGAUACUGCAGUGCUGGUAUGUGAAAGACCAGGAUGUACUAGGCCACUUGUGCUCGCUAGUUCACCAAAAGGUAGCGCAGCACUAGUACUGGCACUCUGCUGCAUAUGAGAGUCAUC